AUUCAUUUUCUUUUGAAUCGCAUAAAAAGUCCGAGGAAGAAAACCAGAAGGGGAGAGAGAGGGAAAGAAAGAGAGAAAGAGAGGCCUGGAAAAAGACCGAAUUGACCUUAUCUUUCUUUCGAAAUUACCCUUUCUUCUUUAUGUUCGACUCUUCGUAAUCGCCAUCGUCUCUCUCUCUCUCUCUCUCUCUCACGCACGCGCGCGCCAUAGAUUUUCUUUUUCCUUUUAGUUUUCUUGAAACAUGAACGAGAAGGCCCACGUUUCAAAGGAACUCAACGAGAAACACCGAAAGAUUUUGGAAGGUCUUCUAAAAAUUCCGGAGAAUAAGGAAUGUGCUGACUGCAAAUCCAAAGGUCCGAGAUGGGCUAGUGUGAAUUUAGGUGUCUUUAUAUGCAUGCAAUGUUCCGGGAUCCACAGAAGUCUCGGGGUGCACAUAUCAAAGGUUCGAUCUGCUACCCUGGACACAUGGCUCCCUGAGCAGGUUGCUUUUAUUCAAUCGAUGGGAAAUGAGAAGGCAAACAGUUACUGGGAAGCUGAGCUGCCCCCUCAUUAUGAUAGAGUUGGAAUUGAGAACUUCAUCCGUGCAAAGUACGAGGAAAAGAGAUGGAUUCCUAGAAAUAGAAGAUCCAAAUCACCACCUAGAGGGUUAGAUGAAAGAGCUACUUCGCAUUGGCAGAGACCCACAGAAAAAAGUGGUCAUGGGCACGUUAGUAAUUCUGAUAAUUCAUUCGAGGAAAGGAGAACCAUUCAAGCAUCUAGCAGAAAAGAAAACCUUCCUGCAACAAGAAUUAGUCUUCCUGUUCCUCCUAAGGGACCUAAUCAGGUUACACCUGUCCGGGAGCCUGAAACGGUUGUUGCGGCACCAGUUGAGGCAACAACUCCUCCCCCUGUCACGCCUCCUAAAUUUGAGUAUGCUACGGACCUCUUCAACAUGAUGUCCAUGGAUGAUGCUUCAAGUGAAAAUGCUUCUGGUUCUGGGGCAGCUUCUACUGAUGAUAUUGAUUGGGCAGGUUUCCAGUCUGCUGGAGACACUUCUGCAACUGGCCAAAAUGAUCCACCAAAAGCUGGUGAGAAGAAUACUCAGUCUGCUACUGGAAUUGAGAAUUUAUUUAAUGAUUCGCCUCCAAUAACAACCAACCAAGUCACAGAGAAGCCACAAAAAGACAUAAAAGAUGAUAUUAUGAGCCUUUUCGAAAAGUCCAACACGCCGUCGCCUUUUGCAAUGCAUCAACAACAACUAGCUGCGCUAGCUCAGCAACAGUCCUUUCUCAUGGCUGCUGCAGCUAAAUCUGCUCCUGGAAAUGCUCAACAGUCUCCAUCCAAUGGCACCAUGAUACCCACUCAACAACUAGCUAUGUUAGCACAGCAACAGUCCCUUCUUAUGGCUGCUGCAGCUAAAGCUGCUCCUGGAAACAGUCAACAGCCUCCAUCAACCACCACAAGCUUACCCACUCAACAACAACUAGCUUUGCUAGCGCAUCAACAGUCCCUCCUCAUGGCUGCUGCUGGAAAUAUGCAACAACCUCCAUCCACCAGCACUAGUGUACCCACUCAAGCUUGGCCUAACAUUGGUUAUCAAAUACCUGGAAUGAUGAUGCCAGUUGGUGCACAGGCUGAUCUGCAGAAACUCAUGCAGACAAUGCAAAUAGGACAGACUCAACAAGCAGGAAACAAUGUUGCAUCAUCCAGCUUUUAUGCAUUGGGGCAAGCUACCCCAGCAAGCAGUGUUGCAACUAAUGGAGCAAGCAAGCCUCAAUCGGCUUCUCCAGUUUCAUCAACGAAUUCUUCACAAGCAGGAAAGGAUUAUGAUUUUUCAUCAUUGACACAGGGGAUGUUCACGAAACGCUGAGUUGCAGCCAGGUGAUGAUUUUGGCUUUUGUUUUUGUCAUAGUAAACCUAAAAACAAAAAGUUAUUUUACAGGGAAUUUACCUCUACCGGGGCACAAUUGUAAACUAUUUGUAGAUGCAGCAAUUUCAGUUUUUUUUCCCAUUUUUUUAUAGUUUCUUUUUAUAUCUCCAUAUCUGAGUGAUGGCUUUAUUUGUAUGAAUAGAUGCUUGCCAAGCAUUUAAUAAAUAUACGAGAUGUCUUAAUUGUUCUCAUUCAAA